AUGCAAGAAUAUAUUGUGGCCGGCUGGCAUAGCGAGGACCCUGCAGAAGCCAAGCAGGGCUCAGGGCUGCAGAAGAGCCAGCGGCUCAGCGGUCUUGUCCCGAAGAGUGCGCUUUGGGCAACCCCGCCAGACACGAUGGGCCCGGGCUUCCCGCCCCGCGCUUGGCCAUGCCGGGGAGAAACGGGGCGAUCAAGUCCAACGCUUGUCAAGGAGGAAGGGGGACUAGGCCAGGCCCAAGGCUGCUGGAAGACAGAACCGGAGAUCGGAUCCCAGGGCAUUGGGACGGAUCAGAGACGGUCGAGGCACAAGGCACAAGGCACGGCUAAUAGCAACGCGGGCACGGGCGACGCCAUGGGUGUUUGUCGGACGGAGGGAAAGCUCACACGUGCCGGCCGGGCGGCGUCCCUACCUACCUAUGUAGUAGUGCUGGGCGCUACGGUAAUUAUCCCUGCUGGCUGCUACUCCAUCACCAGCGUCAUCGCUGCCAAUCUUCACAGAGAGGGCGAGAGUCCACCGGACCAUGGAACAUCGAGCUGCGUAGCCAGCGCUGCGUCCGUCACCCAUGCAGGUUCUGCAAGCCGCUGGCCCAAAAGACCCAAUUUGGCGGGUAUGCCUCUGGUUCGUGUCGACGUCGGCCAUCAUACUCCUCACACUCCUCACACACACGCUCACACGCCCUCCGCAUCCUCCGUGUCCGUCUCCGCCUCCGCUUCCGCCGGCUGCUGGCUCUGGCUCCUACAAAAGCCGCGCUCCCGCCCCGUCGCUCCCCUGGUGCUGACCUUCCCGCUCUCUCCUCUUGCUACUGCUCUUGUUGCCAACUUCUUUUUUGCAUCUCGCUGGUCCUCGUCCCUGACGUCGCCUGCUCCUCAUCCUUCCCUUUCUCCCUCCUCGACCUGUGCCCGUCGCAUUUCGCGUCGCCGUUGCUGUGGCUGUCGCUGCCGCUUUUCGACUUUCCCCGGCAAUCCCACGCUCUUCUGCGCUAAUACACUCGCCGAUUCCUCGCGAUCGCUGCCCCGCCAUCGCGCCCCCCCCUCUCUCUCUCUCUCACAGCAGCCCCGCCACAUCCGCACGCUUCAGACCCUCUCUACCACCCCCAAAAUGAGCCAAGGAUCUCCCAAGGCGCCCGUCGUGGCCGAGGCCCACGAGGUCGACACAUACCACCCCCCAAAGAAGAUGUUUGCGAAGCACCCGAGCAAGCCGCAUCUGAGUGGCCUUGAGGAGUACCAGAAGCUCUACAAGGAAUCCAUUACACAGCCCGACAAGUUCUGGGGGCGGCUGGCGCGUGAGCUGCUGACCUGGCACCGUGACUUCCAGACCGUGCGGUCCGGCUCGCUGGUCAAUGGCGAUGUGGCUUGGUUUCUCGAGGGAGAGAUCAAUGCUUCGUAUAACUGCGUCGACCGCCAUGCUUUUGCCGACCCCAACCGCGUUGCCAUCAUCUAUGAGGCCGACGAGCCGACCGACGGCCGCUCUGUCACGUACGGCGAGCUGUUGCGUGAGGUCUCUCGCGUCGCCCACGUCCUGAAGGCCAUGGGCGUGCGCAAGGGCGACACCGUUGCCAUCUACCUUCCCAUGAUUCCCGAAGCGGUCGUCGCGCUCAUGGCCUGCGCCCGUAUCGGUGCCAUUCACUCUGUCGUCUUCGCCGGUUUCUCAGCCGACUCCCUGCGCGACCGCGUGCUGGAUGCCCGCUGCAAGGUCGUCAUCACCACCGACGAGGGCAAACGUGGUGGGAAGCUGAUUGGCACCAAGAAGAUUGUCGAUGAGGCCCUGAAGCAGUGCCCGGAGGUCAAGCACGUCCUGGUUUACAAGCGCACCGGCGCCGACAUCCCCAUGACCCCUGGCCGCGACCUCUGGUGGCACGAGGAGGUGCAGAAGUACCCCAACUACAUCCCUCCGGAGCCCAUGAACUCCGAGGACCCUCUCUUCCUUCUCUACACCUCCGGCUCGACCGGCAAGCCCAAGGGUGUCAUGCACACUACCGGUGGUUAUCUGGUUGGUGCUGCUGCGACUGGCAAGUAUGUCUUUGACAUUCACCCCGGCGACCGCUACUUCUGCGGUGGUGACGUCGGCUGGAUUACUGGCCACACGUACGUGGUGUAUGCGCCGCUGCUGCUCGGUGUGACGACCGUCGUGUUCGAGGGUACUCCCGCGUACCCGAACUUCUCGAGGUAUUGGGAUAUCAUUGAGAAGCAUGGCGUCACCCAGUUCUAUGUUGCACCGACUGCGCUGCGUCUGCUCAAGAGGGCGGGCGAUCAGUUCGUCAAGGGUGACUUCAACAAGCAUCUGCGUGUGCUCGGGUCUGUUGGUGAGCCAAUUGCCGCUGAAGUGUGGAAGUGGUACUUUGAGGUUGUGGGUAAGGAGGAGGCGCAGGUUGUCGAUACUUACUGGCAGACCGAGACUGGUUCGCACGUCAUCGCCCCUCUGGCCGGUGUUACCCCGACCAAGCCCGGCUCGGCAUCGCUGCCCUUCUUCGGCAUUGAGCCCGCCAUCAUCGACCCCGUCUCUGGCGAGGAGAUCCACGGUAACGACGUGGAGGGCGUGCUGGCCUUCAAGCAGCCCUGGCCCAGCAUGGCCCGCACCGUCUGGGGAGCCCACAAGCGCUACAUGGAGACCUACCUGAACGUGUACAAGGGGUACUACUUCACCGGUGACGGCGCAGGCCGCGACCACGAAGGCUUCUACUGGAUCCGGGGCCGUGUUGACGACGUGGUCAACGUCAGCGGCCACCGUCUCUCGACCGCCGAGAUCGAGGCCGCCCUGAUCGAGCAUCCCAUCAUUGCUGAGGCGGCCGUCGUCGGCGUCGCCGACGAGCUCACCGGCCAGGCCGUCAACGCCUUCGUCUCCAUCAAGGAGGGCCACGAGGCGAGCGACGCCCUACGUAAGGAGUUCAUCUUGCAGGUGCGCCGCAGCAUCGGUCCCUUUGCUGCGCCCAAGGCCGUCUACAUCGUUCCUGAUCUGCCCAAGACCAGGAGCGGUAAGAUCAUGAGGCGUAUUCUGAGGAAGGUGCUUGCCGGUGAGGAGGAUCAGUUGGGUGAUGUUACCACGCUGAGCGAUCCUAGCGUGGUUGGGAGGAUUAUUGAUGUCGUUAGAGAGGCGAGGAGGAAGUAA